UCGAUAACCCUUGUUAUAAAUACCACUUUCGAACAUGAGAUUGGUCAAAAUUCAUCUAACUCUUAUUUAUUUAAUUCGCUACUCUAAUUAAAACGAUGUUGCCCUCUUCCACAAAGCAGGCCAAAAUAGAUCAUUCGACAGUGACAGCAGCUGCGCCAAGUACCAGCAGCUCGACUGGUGCAGCGGCUAAACCAGCUUCUAACCCGCACUCCGUCUUGGUCCACAGCAAACAACGGGGUAAUCCUAUUCUAAAGUCCAUCCAAAAUGUGCCCCUUGAGUACCGGGACGAUAUUGUCCCAGACUACGUGGUUGGCAGGACCUCUUGCGUCCUUUAUUUGUCGCUGAAGUACCACAAUCUCAACCCGGAUUACAUUUGCCAACGACUGAAGACGCUGGGCAAAAUGUACGAUUUGCGAGUGCUUUUAGUCCAAGUAGACACGCCGGAGCCACACAAUGCACUCAAAAGUCUAACAAGGAUUUCCCUGCUAGCCGACCUCACUAUGAUGCUGGCCUGGAAUCAUGAAGAAGCUGGAAAAAUUAUUGAGACCUAUAAGCAGUUUGAGAAACGUCCACCAGACUUGAUUAUGGAAAGGGUAGAGUCUAAUUCGCAUCAAAAGCUUGUUACAGCUUUAACCAACAUAAAACCGGUCAAUAAAACAGACGCUGUUACCUUACUGCAGACCUUUGGCAAUCUGGGCAACAUCAUCACCGCCAGCGAAGAAAGGCUAUCCCAGGUGAUAGGCUUGGGACCCCGUAAGGCCAAAAAGCUGCAUAAGACACUCCAAGAACCAUUUCUUAGCAAGUAGCUUUCAUAACGGCGAUCUUACAUGAAAGUUCAGCGUUACAAACAUCCAUCUCUCGUGGGAAUACUUUAAUUUCUCGUUAGGACAUUUUGUACAAAAAAACAAAGUUCCGUUAUUGUUAAGUCACUUAAAUAUACCUCACAUUAGUCUA